GACCCCACCGAGCAUCAGCCCAGGGCAUGUACCGAGACUUCGGAGAACCGGGACCGAGCUCCGGGGCUGGCAGCGCGUACGGUCGCCCCACGCAGGCCCCGCAAGCUCAGGCGCAGGCCGCCCAGCAGCAGUUCCACCUUGUGCCAAGCAUCAAUGCUGUCAGUGGCAGCCAGGAACUGCAGUGGAUGGUGCAGCCUCAUUUCCUGGGGCCCGGUGGCUAUCCCCGACCUCUGACCUAUCCCCAGUACAGCCCCCCUCAGCCCCGGCCAGGAGUCAUACGAGCCCUAGGGCCACCUCCAGGGGUGCGUCGCAGACCCUGCGAGCAGAUCAGCCCCGAGGAGGAAGAACGCCGCAGAGUGAGGCGUGAACGCAACAAGCUAGCAGCGGCUAAGUGCAGAAACCGGAGAAAGGAACUGACAGACUUCCUACAGGCGGAGACUGACAAACUGGAGGAUGAGAAAUCGGGCCUGCAGCGGGAAAUUGAAGAGCUGCAGAAGCAGAAGGAACGUCUUGAGCUGGUGCUGGAAGCCCAUCGCCCCAUCUGCAAAAUCCCCGAAGAAGAUAAGGACACAGGUGGUACCAGCGGUACCAGCGGCGCCAGCAGCCCACCAGCCCCCUGCCGCCCCGUACCUUGUAUCUCCCUUUCUCCGGGGCCUGUGCUUGAACCCGAAGCACUUCAUACCCCCACGCUCAUGACCACACCCUCUCUGACUCCCUUUACUCCCAGCCUGGUUUUCACCUACCCUAGCACACCAGAGCCUUGCUCCUCAGCUCAUCGAAAAAGUAGCAGCAGCAGCGGUGACCCCUCCUCUGACCCUCUGGGUUCUCCCACACUCCUGGCUUUGUGAGAUACCCAGCCACACCCCUUGCCCAUGCUACCCCAGUCAUCUCCUUCCUUCCAUUGAUCCAGCAGGCCUGGACCAUCCGCACGCCCCGAACCAGCAGGUCCUUUAUCUCUUCAGAGUAGAACAAACUGUUAUGCUUCGAUGUGGAGCCAGCUUGGGGGGGGGUCCCCAAAGCUGCUCAUUGUAUCUCUAGAGCUGGCCUAUCAUAAUUUGCACAAAAUCAGAGACAAAACAUGUCCCCUUUGGGCCUGGAGCCCUAACCCCUUUCAAACAGACUGCUCUCACACUAUGUCACUUUCUUCAUUUGAUCCAGCCAGCCCCGCUCCCAGACAGAAGGUGCCCUCCCACUAGAACACUAACUCACACAGCUCCACUGCCAGCAGCACCAGGGCAUCCUGUAGGUGCCUCCUGCAUGGCACAACUCAGGAGGCACCAGUGGCUUCUGUGAUGAGCUGAGCUUGCACUCCCUAGCUUUGAGAAGCCUUUAGUUCCAGGGUAUCCAAGCCUCCACAUCAGGGGCAGCUGCUAUUUAUUUUCCUAAAGAGACUAUUUUUAUACAAACCUUCCAAAAUGGAAUAAAAGGCUUGAAGCUCUAGUCUGAGUUGUCAUGUUGGAUCCAGAGGCUAGAGGAGACCGUUUGGAACAGGAGCUCUAGGUUCCAGCCUCUGCUGUGACCUUGAAGAAACCACCAUAUAUUUUUGAACUUCUAUAUCCCAUCUGAAGAAUGGGGUUACCUCUGCUGUGCUUCAACUCCUGUCCUGAGACUGAGAAUGACCCGGAGUACAAGCAAACAAGAUUAUCAGUCGUCCCCCCCCCCCCCCGGGAGACCCACAGUUCCUAUCUUAAGGACUGGGGGCAGGGAGGGGCUGUGUUAUACUCUUCCACCUUCCGAACAGGCAGCCAGUGGGCUUGAGGCCCCCAACACCUGCUUCCUGCCCCAUUGUUUUUGACAGGAAGGAGCCUGGAAGGGAGCUGGAGCCACUUCAGGGGCCGGAUUUUGGGCUGUGUCGGCGCCCGUGGGGGAGUUAGUGGUCUACCACUGUCUUAAAUCCCACCCCAAACUCCAGGUAAUGAGGAGUUCUGCAGUCCCUCAGGAUGGGAAUUGCACCGCGUCUUUGGGUUUCCGCCCUCUUCCCAACCCCGGCGAUUUGCAGAUAUAGGCUGGCCAGGCUUCGGGCUCUG